CGUCCCGGCGCGGGCGGCGCCGGCCCGCGGAGGAGCGGCAGGACGGCGCGGCCCCGCCUCCGGAAGGCACCGGUACUGCGCUUCCAGUUCGGCUGCCAUCCCUCCAGCACUUCCGGAUGCACUUCAGGAUGUCGGCGUGGCGGCGGAAUGGCGGGCUCUGAGUUGCGUGGGGCGCUGGAGCAACGGCUCGGCGCCCUUGCCAUCCGCACGGAGGUCGUCGAGCACCCCGAGGUGUUUACAGUUGAAGAAAUGAUGCCUCAUAUCCAGCAUUUGAAAGGAGCACAUAGUAAAAACCUAUUUCUUAAAGACAAAAAGAAAAAAAACUAUUGGCUGGUGACAGUUCUUCAUGAUAGACAAAUUAAUUUAAAUGAUCUUGCCAAAAAGUUAGGUGUUGGGAGUGGAGGUCUGCGAUUUGCUGAUGAAACAGUCAUGCUAGAAAAACUGAAAGUUGGUCAAGGUUGUGCCACACCUCUGGCACUCUUCUGUGAUGAUGGAGAUGUAAAAUUUGUUCUGGAUUCUGCUUUUCUGGAGGGUGGACAUGAAAAGGUAUACUUUCAUCCAAUGACCAAUGCUGCAACCAUGGGAUUGAGCCCUGAAGACUUCCUCAGAUUUGUGAAGAUGACAGGACAUGAUCCCAUAAUACUAAAUUUUGAUAAAAAUUAAUGUUCAGAAUAAUUGUAUUUCUGAAAGCUUUCUUGUAAUUUUAUUUUUUUAAAAAGAUAUUUACAUUACUGUAAGAUUUAUUGACUCUCUUAAGAAUUCAGGCCUAGAAGAAAAUGUGCCUGGGUGGUGAAAGUAAGGACAUCAAGUUUUUAUUUUAUUUUUGGUAUACCCUAUUUUAUCUCCCCCCACUUUUUUUCCUGGUAAUUUUCAAAAGAACUGAAAGUGGGUACUAGGAUGAGGGAACAGAGAAGAGAAAGGGAAGAUAUGGGAGGGGAAAAAAUGACCAUAUCAUAUAGUUAAAUUGCAUGUAUGUACAAAUAUAUAACAAUUCACUAUUCUAUAUUUAUAAUAUACUAAUAAAAAAAUGAAAGUGGUAGUAGUAUCUUUGGUGCU